CAUCAUCUACACACAUAGUGCUUCCUCGAUUUCGCUCAUCAUCUACACGCAUAGUGCUUCCUUGAUUUCGCUCAGAUCCAUAACGGUAAGGCAGCCCAAUUCGGGUUGCUUCCUCCGAUCAAAUUUCUGCUCCCCAUCAUCAUCUUCAUCUCCCACGAUCUCUAAUUACUCUGUACUCCUUAAUUUGUUUUCCGAUCGGCGCACUCUGUUAAUUUUCGCCGGCUGUACGGUUCUUCCCGUACAGCCCGAUGUACGAUAUAACUUGCGAACAACUCCGGGAAACCCCUUCUUCUUGAGGCAGCUGCUCCGAACCCGAUUUCAUGCUUCCGAGCCAGACACAGAAAAAGUUAGGGUUUUGUUUCGCCUGAAAUCGCCAUUGAAUUCGAAGUGUUGGGUAAGAGGUAGCUCAUAUGGCGUGCGUAUACAUUCCAGUGCAGAACUCGGAGGAGGAGGUCCGAGUUGCCCUGGACCAGCUUCCAAGAGACGCCUCUGAUAUACUUGACAUUCUUAAAGCCGAGCAAGCUCCUCUUGAUCUCUGGCUAAUUAUCGCUAGGGAGUACUUCAAACAAGGCAAAGUUGAACAGUUUCGGCAAAUAUUGGAGGAGGGAUCUAGCCCAGAAAUUGAUGAAUAUUACGCUGAUGUGAGGUAUGAUAGAAUUGCAAUUUUAAAUGCAUUGGGGGCAUAUUAUAGCUAUCUCGGGAAGAUCGAGACAAAACAUAGAGAAAAGGAGGAUCAUGUUAUUAUGGCAACUCAGUACUAUAAUAAAGCAUCACGGAUUGACAUCCACGAGCCUUCUACCUGGGUUGGGAAAGGUCAGCUUUUACUGGCUAAAGGAGAUAUAGAACAGGCAUUUGCUGCCUUCAAGAUUGUAUUGGAUGGAGAUCGAGACAAUGUUCCUGCCCUCCUUGGUCAGGCAUGUGUUCAAUUUAGUCGGGGAAAGUUUUCAGAUUCAUUGGAAUUAUACAAGAGGGCUCUGCAGGUUUAUCCUCAAUGUCCGGCUGCUGUUAGACUUGGAAUUGGUCUUUGCCGAUAUAAGUUGGGUCAAUUUCUGAAGGCAAGGCAAGCAUUUCAGCGUGUCUUGGAGUUAGAUCCAGAAAAUGUGGAGGCUCUUGUUGCACUUGCUAUUCUAGAUUUGCAAACGGAUGAAGCUGGUGACAUUAGAAGUGGAAUGGAAAAGAUGCAAAGAGCUUUUGAGAUAUAUCCUUAUUGUGCAAUGUCACUGAAUUACUUGGCCAAUCAUUUUUUCUUCACCGGCCAACAUUUUCUUGUCGAGCAACUCACUGAAACUGCACUUUCUGUUACUAAUCACGGGCCAACUAAGUCACAUUCUUACUACAAUUUGGCACGCUCGUAUCAUAGCAAGGGAGACUACGAAAAAGCUGGAAUGUACUAUAUGGCAUCAGUAAAAGAAAUCAACAAGCCACAAGAAUUUGUAUUGCCCUAUUAUGGGCUUGCCCAAGUUCAACUGAAAUUGAGAGAUCUUAGGAGUUCACUUUCAAAUUUUGAAAAGGUAUUGGAGGGUUAUCCAGAGAAUUGUGAGACACUUAAAUCUCUUUCCCACAUUUAUGUGCAACUUGGGCAACCAGAGAAAGGUUUGGAGUAUUUAAGGAAAGCCACCAAAGUUGAUCCUCGUGAUCCUCAGGCAUUUUUGGAUCUUGGUGAACUGUUAAUUUCAACAGAUGCAGGUGCUGCUUUAGAUGCCUUUAAAACAGCACGUAAUCUAUUGAAAAAGGCAAAUGAGAAAGUAGCUAUUGAGCUACUCAAUGACAUUGGUGUCCUUCAGUUUGAAAGAGGAGAACUUGAGCUUGCAGGACAAAGUUUUAGGGAUGCUCUAGGUGAUGGCAUAUGGUGCAAGUUCCUCGGUGCCAAACUUCAGUCUGAUGCUAAUGUGAAUGAUCCUAACUGUGAAGGACUUCAACAUUCCAAUGGUGAAGUAUCAUGCGAUCUUUUCAAAAGUGUGCAAUAUCCAAUGGAUGCCAGUGCAUCCAUCCAUCAAUACAAAGACAUCCAAAUGUUUUGCAAACUUGAGGAACAGGGCAUUGCUGUAGAACUUCCCUGGAAUAAAGUUUCUGUACUUUUUAACCAUGCAAGAUUACUAGAACAGUUAUAUGACACAGAAACAGCUAGUAUCUUUUACCGCUUGAUCUUGUUUAAGUAUCCAGAUUAUGUAGAUGCCUAUUUGAGACUUGCUGCAAUAGCCACAGCCCGAAACAAUGUUCAACUUAGCCUUGAGCUGAUCGGUCAUGCUCUCAAAGUGGAUGAUAAGUGCCCAAAUGCAUUGUUAAUGCUUGGGAACCUUGAAAUUAAGAAUGAUGAUUGGGUCAAGGCAAAAGAAACAUUUCGGGUGGCUAAGGAUGUGACCAAUGGACCUGAAUCUUAUGCUACUCUUUGUCUGGGAAACUGGAACUACUUCGCUGCAAUUCGCAACAAGAAAAGAGCUCCCAAAUUGGAAGCUACACAUCUGGAGAAGGCUAAGGAACUCUAUACAAAAGUUCUCUCUCAGCAGCACUCUAGUCUAUAUGCAGCAAAUGGCACUGGUGUUAUUUCGGCAGAAAAAGGUCAAUUUGAUAUUUCAAAGGAUCUUUUCACUCAGGUUCAAGAAGCAGCAAGUGGGAACAUUUUUGUCCAAAUGCCAGAUGUAUGGAUUAAUCUUGCGCAUGUUCAUUUCGCCCAAGGAAACUUUGCACUUGCAGUGAAAAUGUAUCAGAAUUGCUUGAGGAAAUUUUAUUACAAUACCGACAGUCAGGUGCUUCUCUAUUUAGCAAGAACACAUUAUGAAGCUGAGCAGUGGCAGGACUGCAAAAAGUCUCUGUUAAGAGCCAUUCACUUGUCACCUUCAAAUUAUACUUUAAGAUUUGAUGCGGGUGUAGCAUUGCAAAAGUUCUCAGCUUCAACCUUACAGAAGACAAAGAGGACCGUUGAAGAGGUGAGGUCAUCUGUUGAAGAGCUUAAUAAUGCUGUUCGGUUAUUCAGCAUGUUAUCUACUGCUUCAAAUCUUCACCUUCAUGGGUUUGAUGAGAAAAAGAUUGAAACUCAUGUUGACUAUUGCAAGCUCUUGCUUGAGGCGGCAAAGGUCCAUUGUGAGGCAGCAGAGCUAGAAGAUCAACAGAUUCGAGCGAUGCGAGAACUUGCACGUCAGGUUGUCGUGACUGAGGAAAAUGAAAGAAAAGCCGAGGAACAGAAAAAAUACCAAAUGGAGAGACGGAAACAGGAGGACGAACUUAAGCAAGUGAUGCAACAAGAACACCUAUUGCGCAAAAAGGAACAAUGGAAAAGUAGCACUCCUGGCUCUAAGAGAAAGGACAGGUCCCACGCAGGAGAUGAAGAGGGGGGCAAUGGUGACCGCAGGAGGAGAAAAGGUGGGAAGCGCAGAAAGAGGGACAAUAAAUCUCGCUAUGAUUCUGAGGAUGCAUUUAUGGAUGAUGAUCAAGAGGAUAUGUAUGGAGAUGCCAAUAUGAAUUACAAAGAUCACGAAAACGUUGAAGCAGAAGAGAACAAUCCACAGGAUCUGCUUGCAGCAGCUGGGCUUGAAGAUUCUGAUGCUGAGGAUUAUGAUGCAUCUCAACCUCCAUCAAAUGUGAAGAGGAAGGGACAUAAGUGGUCUGAAUCAGAGGAGGAAGAUGAACCGUUGCAGAAGCAGGAUAUUGACAGAGGUGAUGACGAUGGCGGCGAAAGGCUGAAUGAAGAUGUCGAUGCUAAUGAUGAGUGAGGCACCAAAUAAAUGCCUAAAGGAUGUGAAGCUUGUUUCCCCGAUUAUUGAGGCAAUCAAGGCCACUGCAAUGUCAUGUAACCUUCCAAGAAUCUUGUAGGGGAGUAAAAGACCAUUUGUUUGGAGAAUCCAAUGAAAGAAAAAAAGGUACCAACUAUUAGUAUUCAGUUUUGGUCAUAUUGCUUGCUCAAAUGUGGGGAAGAGAGGGAGGGUGGUGGCUUGAUUACACAAGAUGUUGUUGAGGGUUUGCUCGAACUCGGUCUAAGAGUGACCGACCCGUGAUGUCGCUUUUGACACUUACAUAGACUAAACCUGGUGUGUGGGU